CUAAAUCCCAUAUACCCUUACAAAACCCUAACCCUCGAAUUUUCUCUCUCUUUCCCCAAAUCUUCGUCUUUCUCUCUGAAAUUAAUUUCUCAAGCUUUUUUUCAGCGAACAAAAAUGGCGGGAGGAAAAAUCAGGAAAGAGAAACAAAAAGCUAGCAACCAUUUUCAAGGAGGAAUUCCAUUCCACAAAUCAAAAGGACAACAUAUUUUGAAGAAUCCAAUGUUAGUUGAAUCAAUUGUUCAAAAAGCUGGAAUUAAACCCACUGAUGUAAUUCUGGAAAUUGGUCCAGGUACUGGUAAUCUUACUAAGAAACUUCUGGAAGCUGGUAAAAAAGUUGUUGCUGUUGAGGUCGACCCACGUAUGGUUCUUGAACUUAAACGCCGUUUUCAAGGAACUCCCUUUUCUAAUCGUCUUGAGGUUAUACAAGGAGAUGUUCUCAAGUGUGAACUCCCAUUUUUUGAUAUUUGCGUUGCCAACAUCCCUUACCAAAUAUCUUCUCCUCUUGUGUUCAAGUUGCUCGAUAUCAAUCAAAGGCAAAACUUCAGAUGUGCAAUCAUAAUGUUCCAAAGAGAAUUCGCAAUGAGGCUGGUUGCUCAACCAGGUGACAAACUUUACUGCCGUCUCUCAGUCAACACUCAGCUCCUUGCUCGUGUUUUCCAUCUACUUAAAGUUGGGAAAAACAAUUUCCGCCCCCCACCUAAGGUCGACUCCUCAGUCGUUCGUAUUGAACCUAGAAAACCUCUUCCUAUACCAGCCGGAAAACUGAAGGAGUGGAAUGGGAUGCUCUCACUAUGUUUCAGCCGAAAGAACAAAACUCUUGGAUCAAUUUUUGGUCAAAAGAAGGCUCUUGAAAUAUUAGAGAAGAACUACAAGACCUUAGAGUCAUUAGGGCAACUAAAGAAUGAUUCGGAUGCAAUUGACAUGUCUAUCUUAGCCGAUGAGAAAGAUGACCAAAGAGCUUUUCUCGAUGAAAACGAGGAUCAGAAUAUGGAUUUGGAGAAUGGAACAGCUGAUGAAGAUAAAAUGGAGGUUGAAGGUUCAGAUGGAGACUCGGAUAAUGAGGCACCGGCGAAUGAUUCUGAUUUUAAAGCUAAGGUUAUCGGUGUGUUAAAGCAGUAUGAUUAUGCUGAUAAAAGAUCAUCCAAGCUCACUCAAAACGAGUUCAUACACUUAUUAUCGGUAUUUAAUCAGGCCGGUAUUCACUUCACUAGUAGUAAAUAGUAUUUUGAUAGGCUAGUUAUCUUGUUUGUGCAUGCCAAUACAUGCACCCAAAUUUUGCUUAUUGCUUUCAUUAUUCCAUACAAUUGUUACUAAAUUACCAAUGUGAGUUGAUACAAUUUAAAUGGCGAAAGUAGCAGUGUGUUCGUUUC